AUGUUUAAAUCGUGUGAAACUAACCAGUCCGUCAGCAAUGCCUCGGCGAAAUAUCGUGUGUCGCCGCCGAUCUGGAAUCGUGAUAUUAUUAUUUUAUCGUCGUCGUCGUCGUGCUGUCGUUACUUCGCGUGUAACACGUAUCGGUUGGCGAUGGUCCGCACCCAGUCGAUGCAGUCGCCGUUACUACUUACUAGUGGUUCGCCGUUCGUCGACUGUAUCGAACCGGUGGACGAACGCGCGCCGCGCCGCACGGGUUGGUCGCCGCCGCUGGAACGCAGAGCGCUCGGAACCGGUAUCCGCCGCGCGCUUGACGAUAUUAUGUGUUCACCACCGCGUUACACGCCAAGCCGGUGUUCGGCGGUGCAGGCUGUGGAUAGACGCGUGCGUGGGGGGGAUUUACGAGACGGAUUUCCGAUCGAGACUAUACGUUAA